GUAAAACUUGGACAGGUCUUCUACAUGCACGACACAAGCGAGACCACAGAGGACAGUUUUACAGUCUCUGCCUCAUCUUAUGAGAUUGAUCGGCGGAGUCACCCUGUCACCAUCGCCGUCGCUAUCAUCCCGGUGAACGAUGAGCCGCCAGAAGUGGCACGCAACACCGGCCUGGAGGUUCUUGCCGGCGAGGAAGCCGUCAUCACCGCCAGUAUGCUGAGGACGGAGGACCUCGACACCCCCGCGCAGGAGCUGGUUUACCACAUAGAAAUGCCAACCAAUGGCGUGGUGGCAUUAGGAGAGGAGCCGAGGGAGAGCAUCCAAAACUUCACACAGGCUCACAUAAACAGAGGGGAAAUCAUCUUCAUCCACAAGGGUGAAGAGUCCGGUGGGUUCAGCUUCACAGUGACGGAUGGAGAGCACACCUCUCCUCUCUAUCAUUUUGCCAUCACGACCAGGCCUCACACCAUCACCUUGGAAACAGGGGAGGAGCUCGUGGUGUUUCCAGGAACACGUCAGGCUAUCAAGAGCGCCAACCUUGGAGUUGCAACCAGGCAGGAUGGGAGUGACGCAAGCUUCCUGCUCAUCCGCCCACCUCGCUUGGGAAGGCUCAUCUUGGCCAAGGACCAGAACCAGUUUGAGGAAAGUCUCUUGAUCUCACAGUCACAGCUGGAGUCUGGAGCGGUCUACUACGAGCACCAGCUGCCCACCGAGCCUUUCUGGGUGCUGAGGGACUCCAUGGAGUUCACGGUGUCCUCGAUGAAUCCAGAGGUCCGUCGCGUCCUGCCCAUCACCGUCUCCUACUACGCUGCUCACAGCAACAUUUCCUCUCAGAUGUGGAGGAACAAAGGGCUUGAAAUCGUUCAGGGCCAGACGAAAGUGAUUGAUGAUUCCAUUCUUGAUGCCUCCAACCUUCUGGCAAGUUUACCUGAAGAUAAGCAAAGAGGCGUGGAUGUUGUGUUUGAAAUGAAGCAAUUCCCUAAUCGUGGUCGCGUCACCCUGGGCGGCGAGGACCUGCCCCGUAAUGAGCCGCUCUUCACGCAAGAAGAUGUGUCUCAGGGGAGGCUGGAGUACCUCCACGAUGACUCGAGGGCCGCCGCGGACAGCUUUGCUUUCAGAGCCCGCCUGAAGUCAGAGGGUGGAGAUUUGGCCUCCCCUGCUCAGUCUGUAAUCCUGGAGGAGAUCUUUUACAUUUCCGUCAAACAACGUGGCUCCAACCCCCCCGAAUUAGUCACAACGGAUAUGCUUCUGGAGGUUCUCCAAGGCUCCAGGGCCUUCCUAACCCAGAAGCAUCUCAAUACUCAAGACGAAGAUAGUCCACCAGAUGAGGUGCUCUUCAAGGUGACCAAAGCCCCCCGUAAUGGUCACCUCUUCAACUCUGUUACGUCAGAACGUAUCUCUGAGUUCACUCAGGAAAUGAUCAAUCGGGAGGAGGUGGCCUUCCAGAGCGAUGGCACACUUACAAAUGGAUUUGUGGACUUCACUAUAUCAGAUGGCGAGCAUGAAACAGAGUCCCACACUCUGCACAUAGGAAUCUUAGCGCGCACCUUGCUUCUCAAACAGGUCCCUGAGAUCAAGGUACAGCAGGGAGACGAUCAGACUCUUGUGACUGACAAGAUGUUGAAGGCCUCUACAGGAGGCCCUGUAGAGGAGGACAUCCUUUACAAAAUCACCAGCACCCCGAAAUAUGCAGCUGUCAUGGUGGACAGGCAGCCCACAUCUGCGUUCACCCAGAAACAGAUCAGCGAAGGCCGAGUCAGCGUCCGCUUUGUCAAGUCCACUUCAUCCCGAGACAGUGUUUCUUUUACAGCCCGCAGCCGGGCCGCCAACGUCGCCUCUGUCCUCAACAUUACGGUGACGCCUCUGGCCAACAUUGCUCAGGAUCCUCUGUUGCCUCAAGGUUCCCUAGUCCGACUGGACAGAAAGCUUUUGGAUGCAACUCCGCUGGCCAACAAGACCAGAGACUCACCCACAUUCACGGUCAUCCAGCAGCCCAGAGGAGCUCGAAUUGUGAAGUCUGGGGGUCCUGAUGCCGGUAAGCCCAUGCAGACAUUCACCCAGAAGGACCUGGACGAAGGUCGCGUAGCAAUGGAAAUAUUAGAUAACGCUUCUAGAUCAAAAGCUGGGGGUGGUCAGGAUGAAGCUCGGUUCCUGCUUAAAGCCCACGGGGUCCCUCCAGCAGAAUGUGUGCUGUCAUUUCAGACGAGCCCUUACAACGCUUCUUCAGUUUACCCUGCCACUCUGCUGAGGAUUCCUGAUAAUGGACAGAUUCUUAGCACCGAAGGAGCUAGUUUUACCACUGCAUCCCCGGGCUCUAGAACCCACGGGAAACCACACGUCUCCCGCCGUGGUAACUUUUGGUCUGUCUUCAUCCCCAUCUUAGUUGUCCUCCUGCUCUUGCUUCUGGCAGGCGUCUUGGCCUACUAUCUAAUCCGUAAAAACAAGACGGGCAAACACAACGUGCAGACAGCAGCCUCCAAGCCCAAAAAUGGAGAGGUGGCCACAGCGGAGACCUUCCGCAAAACUGACCCAGCCAAUAACAUCCCUAUGUCCAAUGUGGACUCCAAAGGCACGGAUCCAGAGCUCUUGCAGCACUGUCGGACAACGAACCCGGCCUUGAAAAAGAACCAGUACUGGGUUUAAAACCCUUUGAUUCCGGACAAAGAAGGAGGAGGACUUCAUUCUUGUCAGUAUUAAACGCUUUUCCUGCAGAAGGUUAAAUGAACACACACUUUUGACGCUAGUUUCCAUUGACUUAUCUCAGAACAGCUGUGGACAAAUUCUCAGGCAAGAAAACACUGAACACACAUUGGCAAAGAAGGAGAUGGGUCCCACCAUUCAAAGGGCUCAUGCCUUGUCUAUUUAUUUCUGUUUUAUUAUUCCUCAAUGUCGAAGGGCACAAAUGAAGACAUGAACAUGCAAAGUGUUUGCAAAAAAAAAUAUUUUUGACGUGCUCGACUAUUGCAUUUAAUAUCUCAUAGGCAAAUCAUGCUGGUAGGUACGCGCUCCAUUGUUUUUAAUAAACUGAUUUCAGUUCUUGGAUGGUACGAUUAUUUGAUUAACACCAAAAAAGUCAGAUAUACGCUCAACUGGGACAGUUUCUAGGUACAUAGGAAACAAAUCAGCAUCAUCAUCUGUCCUGUUGACUGAGAAUGGUCCGAAAA